CGAGGCGCCAGAUUCCAGACCUCAGACUGCAGACACUGUGACGCAGCUUCUCGCCGUGACUUGGAGAAAUUGUCAGAUUACAGACUACUCCGUACAGAACACACUGACCGUAUCUCACAUAUUCGUGUCCUCCAAACACCACUGCAUAUUUCACUCAUUCAUGAACAACACCUCGUACCUCUACUCCGUCCUUCAUGGCUCAACGCUGAUUCAUCCUCGUCCACCUCUGCUCUUCUCCUCUCACAUGCCAAGCUCUUCGUGUCAUCACCUGGCAUUCGCCUCCGCUGCCGUAUUGCCAUUCGCAUCUCUUUGUGGCCUGACUCAUCCCGUACCCUCCCAUCACUACUUCAUCUCUGCCUAGUAGUAUAUCCCUACCAUGGCUCCUCCAGACCUCAACUCCCUCCCACCAUCGCGAUCAAUGUCCUCUUCACCCAUGCAGCCGCGCUCAAUAUCAACCGCAACCUCCCCUCCCAACCGCAAUGAAACACCCUCUCCACGAGCCUCCUCGAUAUCUCUGGCCAGCGCCGCCAUGACAAAUGCUGCCAAUGAAUCCUCCAGACGCUCCUCUACAAGUAAUCGCGGCUCCCCUCUCCUGGGCCGUAUGCCUAGCGACCGCCGCCGCUCCCAAGUUGCCUUGAGCCUGAACCUGAAUGAUCCUUCCCUCCCCAGUCCUGGCGAACUCUCAAGCAACGACCCCCGUCUGAACCUGAGCCACAGCUUCGUCUCAGCCAGCCCUCCAACCAUCGGUGGCCGUCCCGCCAUCGCUACUGGCGACCCUCACCACCAACGCCAACCCAGCCUCGGCGAGAUCCACAACGAACUCGAGCAAGAGCAGGAAGCCCAAGUCAACCGCAUGCUCCAAAUGAUUCGCGAGCAACAACUCCAACUCGACGCUCUCCGGAACACUCAGAGCAACGACCAACACCACCAUCAUCACCACCACUCGCGACGUUCCUCACAGCUCAACUCGGCCUUAACAGGCAACAGCACAGCCGUCCUCGACGACGAAACCCCCGCCUCCGAGCGCUCUAUAUCCUUCCCCUCCGUUCACCCCGCUAUUCCUCCAAACCCACAGGCCCCGACAAGACGCAUUUCCCGCGACCCAUCUAGCGCAAGCCGGUCACCCGCUCUGAGGCCACUGCCAGGCCAUGAAUCCAGCCUGGGCACCGGCACCGAUUGGCCUCCUUCGCCAAUCGAGAAUGCUCGAAGGAACAGUUUCCGUGACGAGAGUGCCUUCUAUCAAGCCGAGACAGCGAUGCUAACCAGGGAGAAUCAACUGCUGAGACAACGCAUUCGAGAGUUGGAGAAACAAAUUGCCGAAAUGGAGGCACUGCCUGCAAAUACCCCGGCCACCCCGAGUAAUCUGGCGAUGGAUCCGUCGGUGGCAGCGCAGGAAGAAGCCUCUGCGGCAGCGGCGGUGAUGAGGGUUGUUGCGGAGGUGGAUAAAACAUGAUCUUGGAAUCAUUAUAAUGUGGAAUCAGAAUGGCUGGAAAGACUUGCAAGAGCUUGCAUUGCGGAGGCGUCGAAUAUCAAUUGGCGUUGUAACGUUCACCAGGCGGCACAUAAUGGUCCAUCUUUUGGGGCGUCGACAAGGAGUUGAAAUCGCUGUUCAGUUCAGCGCUUGGAACGAUGAUAUUAAAAUGGGAAAUGGAAAGGCAAAGCCAAAGGGAAGACUACAUUACUUUGUGGUGAUAUGGAAAUGACCGGCGUUAUGGUUUUGGCUAUGGAUGGUAUCCUCAAUGUCAACCAAUACUCAUACUCAUACUCGUACUCACGCUCACGCUCACGCUCUCGCUCUCGCUCUGCAUCCCUCAGAGCGAAGACAACGCUACUUCUGGACUACUAUAGGGACAUGGAACUCUCGAAUGUACGCAAGCUCUUCGAAGCGCCCGGCUGUGAGACAUCGUUUUCGGGUCCAGUUGGUAUGUGGUAUGUGGUAUGGCUUGAGGCCUACCCUAGUCUACUAGUACUGACUUAUACUAUUUUUUUCACUCUCCUCUACGGACAGCACUCGCGGUGGCCUUUGGCCCUCUUUGAAAGGUCCCGCGGACUCGGCAUCGUGACCAUGACCAUGACCAUGACCACGACCGCGGCCUCAAUAUCGUUGGGAUCUUUGGUAUUCCAUACUAGUACUUUUAAAUCCCAAUCUUACUUCUUGAGCAUGAGCAUGAGCAAGAAGCAUGAAGCAAG